AUGCAUCCUACACAAAAGAUAAUCACCGACACCAACAAGUCUCCCUUAAUACAGGUCUCGGGACUGAUGUUUCUUGUCAUCUUCCUCUUGGUCGAAGAUAUUCUUAUCAUCGCCGCAACUGUGUUCUAUCGCUACGUGUCCAUAGAGUGUGAUAAUGGACUGGGGAAGCCAGCUAGUAGACUGGACCCCAGCGAAAUUGUCAUAUUCUUCAAGAGCCAAUAUGCGGCCAACACCACGUUCAUCGCCUCCGUCUUCUGUAGCAAGCUAUCAUGCACAGUUGGUCUUCGUAUGAUGAGCCGAGAAAACCGGAGAUUGAUUGUUCUUGGUUUUGAGGCCGUCGUUGGUGGGUGGGGAGCUUCUGCGCUUAUCAUCAAUCUUUUCCAGGGUGAACUACCUACUCCAUUGAUAUACACCAACGAUAAAAGAUGUAUCGACCGAACCGCUUUCUGGACUCAUUAUUCCAUCACGAAUAUCACCACGAAUAUUGUCAAGAGUGUUUUUGUCAGUCGUAUCCUUGUAACACCUGCAAUUGCGGUUCAAAUCUACCAUUCUAACAAGGCAUUCGCUUCCACUGAUUUCACCUUCGCGAACUGGAAAGCUGCUAUCGCUUUACAACUGGUUCAGUGCCUCUCCAUUGUCACUGUUUGCAUUCCCAGCUUUAACCCCCUUUUCAACGGCCUGGAAUCCGGCCAGAUCCGUAUUGACGACCUUCGACGACAAGGCAAGUCUGGCAUCAGCAGCUACCCGAUUAAGAGGCCGCGAUAUAGUGGAUAUAGGCAAACUGAAGAAGCAACUGUGACUGAAUCGCAACUUAGCACGGUACACGAAUUGACUGACUUAUCCAAGUCAAUUGCACGAGGAGCUAUAAAACUGACGAUGGAGCAGAAGGGAGGUACCUGGGACGAGCUAUGCCGCACGAGUCACUCAAGUGAAACAAUACUCAUCCAGCAAAUAUGUUAA